AUGGCGGACUGGUCAAAGCUCUCGAUAGAUAUCUCAAGUCUAAUUCAUGGUGAACUCUCCGUUCUUGAUUGCAUACGUGUCGGAGCCGUUUGCAAGCAAUGGAACUUUGCCUGCAAGUUAAAGUACCAUUGUCCUACGAAGAAGCCACAAUCCCCUUGGCUGGUGUUGCCUGGUGAGUGCGAUACCACCACCAUCAAGUUCUUUUCUAUUCUCGAGAAGAAGACAUACAAGAUUCCAUGCCCGGAACCUAUGAUCCAUCGAAGGGUCUAUAUUGGUUCUGGUCACGGUUGGCUGGUCACCGUGGAUGACAUCUGCAACAUGCACCUUCUAAAUCCACUCACCGGUGCCAAGAUUCCGCUCCCUCCGGUGACGACCUUACCCUUCGUCAGCGCUCGCCACAAUUCCCACGGACAGAUCAUCGAGUUUGUCGUGGAAGUACCAUACGGGGCUAACAUAAUCUCGACAUUGGUGUUCUCCUUCGAGCGCAUGCGGUGCAUCUUCUUCCAGAAGGCAGUACUCUCUGCAGCUCCUGAUGUAGACGACAAUUGCUUGAUCAUGAUGAUUUGCAAUAACUGGAAACAUCUGGUCGUUGGUCGAGCUAGAGGCGAGGCUUGGAAGUGCAUAAGCUUGUAUCAUCACUACACUAACAUCAUUCAUCGCAAAGGCAAGUUCCACUCGAUCAGUGACACUGGAAUAGUUGAGGUAUGGGAGCACGAUGGAUCGAUCUUGAGGCCUCGGAUCAUCGGCUCAAAAAUUCGAUAUUUUUUGAAUCAGUUCAUGCAUUACUUGGUCGAGUCGCUAGACGGCUACGAUGGCAGCGACUAUGAUUGCGAAAGCAACAGCUACGAUUGCGACGGCUACAACUGUGACAACGACGGCUGCGACAGCGACAGAGGCAGUAGAGGAGGAAGCUGCAACAGAAGAGGUGUAGGAGGUAGCUACAGCGAGGAAGAAAGGUGA